GUUGAACCUGUAGGUUAUACUGUGGUUAGGCGUAGAUACCUGGUUGUAUUAACGGUAAAGUUUGGGUAAGGUAAAGCAUCUCAAGACGACUGGUUGGGUUCAGGGGAAACAACUUAUCGAUAGGGAGAAGGGGUUCUCCAGAAAACCCCUCCGGUUUCACAAUGUAUUUCACAAAUGUUCACCUUUACGAUGUUUUCCUACAGAAGGGUAGCUUUACUUCUUUAACGAAGAGAUAUUCUAUCACAGUUUAGAUACAUAGACGCUAUAAAAUAGUUAAGAUACUGUAUUUCAACUAAAACGAAUCACCAUGGCUAUGUAGGCGAAGAAGGAAGUAAGAGGAAGGUAAUUCUCUUGUUUCCCCUCAUCUUGUCUCUCCUGGGCUAGCUACGGCAAGUCGUUAGCUGCAAACAUGAAGCUAGUUACGACAUGAGACCCUGAUACUGACCUUCGCGAUGAGUUUGUGAAAACAGAAGAAAAUGUGACACUCUUGUAAUACCACUCGGACAUAGCUCGCUAAAAGUGUGCCGAAAAUGUCGGCGUUUAGCUUCACCGCUGGACGCACAUGCCGUGGUGUGUCACGGAAGAUAAUUCAGCCGUCAUUUAAAACGUUCACUAAGGAUCGAUACUCGAGUGUAUCAAACGUGUUGAACUUCCACAGAAGAAACAGCACUAAUGUGACGCGUCUGUUCAGCUCUCAACCACACAACCCUAAGGUACCACAGUUUGCAACAUGGGAACCAGUACCAGAGGACCAACUGCCCCAGCCCACCCAAAUCCCUGCUGAUCUGGUGGACAAACUGGAGCGACUGGCCUUGGUUGAUUUCCGCACCAAACAGGGACUGGACUGUUUGGAGAAAGCGAUAAGAUUUGCAGAUCAGCUUCAUGUUGUUGACACUUCAGGGGUUGAGCCAAUGGAUUCAGUUCUAGAGGACAGGGCUUUAUACCUGAGGGAAGAUGCAGUGAAGGAAGGAGACUGUGCAGAAGAACUGCUGCAGCUCUCCAAAAACACAGUUGAAGAAUAUUUUGUGGCACCACCAGGAAAUAUCCCACUACCGAAGAGGGAGGAGAGGGCUGCCCUGCUGAAACACUCAGAGUUCUGAGUUUUAGAAAUGUGUCGUUGAUAUUUAUAACAAUUUUUUAUUUUUAUUUUGGGAAGUUGAUGUUUCUUCCAAGAACUACUGUGUGUUACAGAUCGGUCAAAUCAAAUCCAGACCCCAUCACUUCACUGCUUAUAUGCAGCAAUCACCUAAAAUAAUAAAUAAUAUGCUGUACUGUAGGUUUCACAUGUUGUGAAACAGGAAAAAAUAAAGCAGCUGGUAAUUGAUUUAGAUUUUACUUUUCAGUUUCAUUUGACAGCAAUGUGUAAAAUCCUUUCUCAGUUUCAGUAUCAUUUUGUCAAAAUGAUGAGUAAGCAGUGUGUCGUGACAUGUGAAUAUUAAUUGCAAGGGUGGUGGAUUGUUUUGAUUUGUGAUUUAUAUUAUGAUGUGUCCUGUUUUCAUUCUAGUGUUGUUUUACUUUAAUAAAAUAAAUAAAUAAAUAAACAUUGAAUCUUU